AUGGGUUUAGUGAUUUCCCCUACACCACCCUGCCUACACCACCCUGCCCUAUACCACCCUGCCCUACACCACUCUGCCUACACCACCCUGCCCUACACCACCCUGCCCUACACCACCCUGCCCUACACCACCCUGCCCUACACCACCCUGCCCUACACCACUCUGCCUACACCACCCUGCCCUACACCACCCUGCCCUACACCACUCUGCCUACACCACUCUGCCUACACCACCCUGCCCUACACCACUCUGCCCUACACCACCCUGCCCUACACCACUCUGCCCUACACCACUCUGCCCUACACCACCCUGCCCUAUACCACUCUGCCCUACACCACCCUGCCCUACACCACCCUGCCCUACACCACUCUGCCUACACCACCCUGCCCUACACCACCCUGCCCUACACCACCCUGCCCUACACCACCCUGCCCUACACCACUCUGCCCUACACCACCCUGCCCUACACCACCCUGCCCUACACCACCCUGCCCUACACCACUCUGCCCUACACCACCCUGCCCUACACCACCCUGCCCUACACCACUCUGCCCUACACCACCCUGCCCUACACCACUCUGCCUACACCACUCUGCCUACACCACCCUGCCCUACACCACUCUGCCCUACACCACUCUGCCCUACACCACUCUGCCCUACACCACUCUGGAAGUCACCCUCUGCAUCUCAGUCCCAGAGGUGCUGUUUCCACAGACUGACUAA